GCCACCUGCCAGUGCCUAUCAGUGCCACAUCAGUGCCUACCAGUGCACGUCAAUGCCACAUAUCAGUGCCCAUCUGAGCUGCCUUUCAGUGCCACCUAUCAGUGCCAGUCAAUGCCACCUAUCAAUGCCAGACAGUGCCACCUAUCAGUGCUGCUAAUCAGUGCCAGUCAGUGCCACCUAUCAGUGCCAAUCAGUGCCGUCUAUCAAUGCGCAUCAGUGCCACCUAACAGUGCCAGUCAGUGCCACCUAACAGUGCCAGUCAUCAGUGCCACCUAUCAGUGCCAAUCGGUGCCGCCUAUCAAUGCGCAUCAGUGCCGC